AAUAAAUUUCUCCUAUAUAUAUAUACACACACGUUCAAAUCAUUAGUCACCUGCUUAGAAUAAAGAUCAUAGAGAGAUAGAGAUAAUAACCCAAAAGAAAGAGAAAAAUGGGAAGAGGUAGAAGAAGCUCAUCGUCUUCGUCGAUAGAAAGUAGCUGCAAAAGCAACCCAUUUGGUGGCUCUUCGAGUAAUAAUACUCGGAACUUAAGCACUGACCUGAGGCUCGGACUCAGCUUCGGAUCAUCUUCCGGACAAUAUUACAACGGUGGAGAAAAUCAUGAAUACGGAGUCGCUGCAGCUGCUGAUCAUGAAAUGAUCAUGGAAGAAGAAGAUCAAAACGAGUGUAAUAGUCUUGGAAGCUUCUACGUGAAGGUUAGCAUGGAAGGAGUUCCUAUUGGAAGAAAGAUCGAUCUAUUUUCUCUUAGUGGAUACCAUGAUCUGAUCGCAACGCUUGAUUACAUGUUCAACGCCUCAAUCCUAUGGGCUGAAGAGGAAGAGAUGUGUAGUGAGAAGAGUCAUGUGCUAACAUACGCAGACAAGGAAGGUGACUGGAUGAUGGUUGGAGAUGUUCCUUGGGAGAUGUUCUUGUCUAGCGUGAGAAGACUGAAGAUCUCAAGAGCUUAUCACUACUGAUUUGACCAAUACAGAGUGGGAAGUAGUUAGUUUUGUCAUGAUGUAAAUCACCUCGGAGAUUUUUAUUCAAAAUUUUGUUUCUAGUUUAUUACGUAAUGUUUUUACUCGGUUAAAACUUGCAAGGAGGAAAAAAAAGUUCAGAUCUUUCUUUAGAAA